AGGGAGCUGAGACCACAGCUGUGGAGACCCUGAACCCCAGGGUUUGCGGCUCUAUCUCAACUGUGUUGCUCAAGGAAGGCCUUCCCCAGCAAUGACCUCCUCAUUGCUCCUGGCCUUCCUGUUCCUGGCUCCAGACGCAGUGGCCACUCCCAGAGCUGACAGUCAGUGUCUGGCAUGUGGGGGGCCCGCCUUGGACCUGGAGAGCCAGCGGGAGCUGCUUCUUAACCUGGCCAAGAGAAGCAUCUUGGACAAGCUGCACCUCAGCCAGCGCCCAACACUGAGCCGGCCUGUGUCCCGAGCUGCUCUGAGGACUGCGCUGCAGCGCCUCCAUGGGUCCCCACAGGGGGCUCUUCCAGAAGCAGACAGGGGACAGGAGUAUGAGAUCAUCAGCUUUGCUGAGACAGGCCUCUCCAACAUUGACCAGACUCGUCUUGAUUUCCACUUCUCCUCUGAUAGAACUGUUGGCGGCCUGGAGGUCCAGCAGGCCAGCCUCAUGUUCUUUGUGCAGCUCCCUCCCAAUACCACGUGGACUUUGAAGGUGAGGGUCCUCGUGCUCAGCCCACAUGCCACCAACCUCACCUUCGCCACUCAGCACCUGCUGGAGGUGGAUGACAGUGGUUGGCACCAGCUCCUCCUGGGGCCUGAAGCUCAGGCUGCCUGCAGCCAGGGGCACCUGAUCCUGGAGCUGGUCCCUGAAGGCCAGGUAGCCUGGAGCCCAGUCAUCCUGGGUGGGGCUGCCCAUAGGCCUUUUGUGACAGCCCGUGUAAGAGUUGGGGGCAAGCACCGCGUUCGCCGGCAAGGCAUCGACUGCCAGGGUAGGUCCAGGAUGUGCUGUCGACAAGAGUUCUUUGUGGACUUCCGUGAGAUUGGCUGGCACGACUGGAUCAUCCAGCCUGAGGGCUACGCAAUGAACUUCUGCACAGGGCAGUGCCCCCUGCACGUGGCAGGCAUGCCUGGCAUUGCCGCCUCCUUUCAUACCGCGGUGCUCAAUCUUCUCAAGGCCAACACCGCUGCGGGCACUGCCGGAGGGGGGUCAUGCUGCGUGCCCACUGCCCGGCGCCCUCUGUCUCUGCUCUACUAUGACAGGAACAGCAACAUUGUCAAGACUGACAUACCUGACAUGGUGGUAGAGGCGUGUGGGUGCAGUUAGUCUGUGUGUGUUACAGGCAGCCCGACGUGGGGUAGGCAAACAUGCCCUGACGGAGGCGCUCUUCCUUGAGAGGAGGGGGUGGCCCCGUUACUGCCUCUGUCCAGAAGAUGGACUCCCUCUUCCUGAGCAACUUAUGAGAAUUAUCCCAACUUUGACGUGAGGAGAUCUUCAUCAAAGGAGAAUCACUGUCAUCUAAGGAGAGUCACUGUACCAUCUUCAUAACGACUGGCCCCUCUCCUAGAGCAUAGUCCCUCCAGCGAGCUCACAUGCUCACCCGCCACCCUAGGGACUCUCAUCCACCUCCAACCAUGAGCAGUGCCAUCUGGUUCCCAGACAGAUACCCAUAGCCCAACUUUAAUCCAGCCCACAAUCCACUAUGCCUCCCUGCCCUUUCUACUCAAUGUCCCCCACUCCAGGAUGAGUUGACCCAGCCCCUUCCCCUGCUUUUCUGGAUCUCCAGGGAGUCCCUUCCUUAGAUUCACCAAACAUUCAAUCCUCUCCAUGUCUUGAGCCCUUUUCCUCUUACUUGCCCAAUGGGCUGCUAAAGGCUCUCUUGGCACACUCUCAUCCACUCUUCGUCCUUCUCCGUCCUGCUCUGUACCCUUGGGGUCUGACUCACCUGAGUUCCUUUGGCCUCUGGCUUCCUGCUGAGUUUGACCAAGAGGAGACAGAGGCAGGAGAUCAAAGGAUAGGAGAAGACAGAGGUCAGGGUGUUUCUUAUUCCUCCUCCUUCUGCCUAGGUUCCAUGGUUCUGUGUGACUGUGGCUGCAUCCAUGUCCCUACAGCUCCUGUCUAGCUCCCCACCGCCUCCAUGGCUCCAGCUCUGCCUAAGUUCUGAUAUCACCGCUUCCAUGCUAUGGGCUUGUAAUGGCUUUCCAUUCUUGCCGGUCCCUGGGUGCUUCAAUAUCCCUCCUUGGUUCCCUUAACCCUGCCCAUACCUCUGUAAAGAAGUCCUUCAUUAAGUCUUCUUAGUGAUGCAAACACAGACAGGUGAGUGGGUCUUUUAUGUCAUGCCAGGACCCUGACUGACACCCCAGAUGACACAGAGCCUGCCUGCCCCGUCCACUUUUCUCUCCUCCCAGUCUCCUUAGGGCUGAACUAUUAUGUCCAUCCCACACAUCAUGACUCUUCCUUCGCCAGGCUGCUUCCUCUUCUUUCUUAGGCCCCCUCCUCCCUCCCAGAACCAUCUUUGCUUGUCUUAUGGCUAAUAAAGACCUGGGUUUUACCUGC